UGACUGCUGGGCCGCAAGGCCAAGUCUAGCGAGCUGUCAACGGACGAGGGGGCGGAAGAAGCCAGAAGGGUGAAAGCGCGCAUGCGCCGGUUGGGUUCUGCGACUGCUAUCGCCUCCCUCGUGCCCGCGGCGAGGUUGGCGUUUGAUCGCAGUGCGCGCGACCGCGGCGGGGGUUGAGUCAAUUCUUAGAGGGAAAGGGGAGAGGGGCGCGCGCGCGCGGCCACGGGGGGGAAGGAGGCGGCGGCCGCUAGGUCCGGAGUCCAGCGAGUCCUGUUCCCCCUUCCCGGCGUGAGCGAGCGGCGCCUCUGACCGGCUCCUCCUCCCUCCCCCCGCGGCAGCGAGCGAGCGAGAUGGCGGCCGCUGGGACUUUGGCUAAGCACGAGCAGAUCCUGGUGCUCGAUCCGCCCACCGACCUCAAAUUCAAAGGUCCCUUCACAGAUGUAGUCACUACAAAUCUUAAGCUACGAAACCCGUCAGAUAGAAAAGUAUGUUUCAAAGUGAAGACCACAGCGCCUCGUCGAUACUGUGUGCGGCCAAAUAGUGGAAUUAUUGACCCAGGAUCAACUGUAACUGUUUCAGUAAUGUUACAGCCUUUUGACUAUGACCCAAAUGAGAAGAGUAAACACAAGUUUAUGGUACAGACAAUCUUUGCGCCACCAAGUACUUCAGAUAUGGAGGCAGUGUGGAAAGAAGCAAAACCAGAUGACCUAAUGGACUCCAAAUUGAGAUGUGUGUUUGAAAUGCCCAACGAAAAUGAUAAACUGAAUGAUGUAGAAGCAAGCAAAUCUGCCCCAGUCCUGAAUACAUCUAAACAGGAUGGACCAAUGCCAAAAGCACACAGUGUCUCUCUGAAUGAUACUGAAACAAGGAAACUAGUGGAAGAGUGCAAAAGACUUCAGGCUGAUGUGAUGAAACUGUCAGAUGAAAAUCGGCACCUGAGAGAGGAAGGCUUGAGGCUCAGAAAGGUAACACACUCCGAUAAAUCUGGAUCACCCACAGCCUUGGCCCUCAGAGAGAAUGGCUCCAAUCCUCUUCCUUCACUUCUUGUUGUAAUUGCAGCCAUUUUCAUUGGAUUCUUUCUAGGGAAAUUCAUCUUGUAAAAAGAGAGAGAGAGAGAAGCAUGCAGAGUGCAGCUUCCUUUUUUUUUUCCCUUGGGCAGAAAAAGAUUUGUUUACCUACCACUUCAUUGGUAGUAUGGCCCAAGUGACCAUUUUUGUGUACAGCGUCAUACAGGCUUUGCCUUUAAUGAUCUCGCACGGUUAGAAAACACAAUUUGAAAAAAAGACAAACUGUUCGGCUACUGGACAAAAUUGUACAUUAAAUCAUCAAUAGCAGGUGUCAGUUGCACAUUCAGUCCUUUAUGAAAAUUCAUAAAUAAAGAAUUGUUCUUUCUUUCUGUGGUUUUAAUAAGAGUUCAGAAAUUGUUCAGAGUCUUGUAAAUGUUAUUUUAAUAAUCCUUUAAAAUUUUAUCUGUUACUGUUACCUCUUGAAAAAUGAUUUAUUAGAUUGCUAAUCCCACUUGUUCAGGAAUAUGACAAGAGGUUUUCUGGAGGGAAAAUGGUGCCUCUUACUGUGUAAAUUUUCUCCUUUACCUUACUUUGCUAAUAUCAUGGCAGAAUUUCUGUCUUAUCCCUUGUGAGGCAGUUAUUGGCAGUUUUUCAUCCUUACAAUCCUGUCCCAUGAUAUUUAAUAUUAAAAACAGAAAUAAAAUUAACAAAUUUUCUGCUGGGUAGCCUGUUUGUUUGUGUCAUACUUUUAGAGGGAUUCCUAUCAAGUUCAUUGUUCGUGAUAAUUUGCUACUUGUAACAAAUGGAUAUUUUUUAAUUUACUUUCAAUCUUUGGCUUAGACUGUUGUAUUUGAAGUUUGAAACAAACAUUAAGAGUUCCCAUUCUAUUUAUGAAGUUUGGAACAGUUUUUUGGCUGCUUUCAGCUAUAGAACAGAUAAUUAUCUAACUUAUUUUGAGACAUGGAGAUAAUGUAGGUAAUCCAGCAGGUAUCAAUAUUGGGAGACAAAUGUUUUCAGUAUCUGGUUUUAAAAUAUUUACUUGGAUUGUGUGGGUGUAUAACAGUCAACUUUCUGUUGCAUCUUUGCGUCUGUUGGGUGUCUUCCAGGGUCAGAUUCUCCUUUGGUUUCAUAGAGGGUACACCAUUCAAGUUUACUAAUCUAUCAGCUCUCUUUGUAACUCCAUUUUAACUGAUAUUCUUAAAAACAUUUUUUUCUAUUCAAACACCCAUAAUGAAUUUCCAUGAUGCAGAGGAGUUGAUGUUUGCUGAGCAAGCCUCAAUUUAACCCCCCUCGCCCCAAACCCAACAAAUAAAAAAAACUUUCAUGCAACUCUUGGCAAAUUUACCGAUUUUUAACCAUAUAUAUCUAAGUUUUAGAGAAUGCAUUUAUUGCUUUCCUGCACUUAAUCUUACGUCUUGCCUCAUUUCUGAUAUAUAGGUCAUAAAACCAAGUAGAUGGUAGUAUUGGGGGAAAAAAAUUAUCCAUACUUCUGACUAAGCAUAAUCCAACACAGGGAAUUUCUUGUAAACUGACAAAUUCUGGAAGGGAUAUACUCCUGUAAGCAAAAUUGUGUAUGUACUUGGACAGCUUGACUUGAUGUGGUGCAGCUAAGUGUGUUAGACCUUGGUGUAUACACACAUUGUGUAGCUGAGAAAAAUGUUCUAGGGAAACAUUCAUUAUCUUGGUUGUCUUUGAUUUCUAGUGCUUUUUUAAUGAAAAAUAUAAUUACAUCAUGUUCUGUCAUUGCUAUCUGUGGUAAACUUUUCUAAAAACAUCUUGCAUAUGUAUAAGGAAGACAACAAAGAAAAUACAAAUAAUGCUUAUCCUUUCCCUUAAAAGCAUGCAAGUACAGAUGUUUCCAUUUGUAUGUUCCAGUAUCCGCAUUCAAGUCUCCUCUCAGCUUAAUGACUGGAAAAAUAUUCUGAAGUCUUGAUUAUUUUGAUUCCAUUGGUUCAGAAACCAAUACAAUUCUCCAGUUUGUGCUCUGUCAAAAUGAUGAUACAUCUGACUGUAUAAGCCUGUUUCUUAAAGGAAAGCUGCUAACAUGUAAAGUAACAAAAAAAGCUAUAGUGUGCAGGAUGUAGUUUGCUUCAGACAAAGCAAUCAUAAGGAUAUGUAUAUGCAAAGAUUUGUAAUAAUGCCCAGCAUUUUCAGGGCUAUAGAGCGGAGUCAUUUCUCAGUGCAGCCCAAUUAUGUUGGAUGUCUGGCAUCAAUACUUUAGAAUGGAAAAGGGCAUAAAUUGAGAUAAAAAUGAUUAUAAAAUCAGCCAAUUAAUAUGAAUUUUUAUAAAUACAAAGCAGGUGGAAAUUGUUAUGGUUGAAGUAAUAUGUGCAGAUUAAAAGUGCAAACAGGCAUCGUAACAAUAUACAUAACAUGAGGUGCUCCUGAUAUAAGGAGACUCUUUUGGUUUCCAGUAAUCCUUCGUAACUGUGUAUAUAAUGUAAUGCUAAAACUAUUUUGCUCUCAGGAGUGACUUUGGAUGAGAUCAGCUGUAUUCAGUGAAUUAUGUAAUAUGGAUUAAAUUGUUUGUCUGUUCCUGAAAUGGUUAGAACUUCUUACUUUGUGUGCCUGCUUACUUGUGUAUGUUAGCAUGGGGAAAUAUAAUCCCCACUGCUAAUAGUGAGAAUAUGGUUAAAUGAUAAAGGCCAUAAAGUCAUGUACGACGUUAAAUGCACAAUUUCCCCAACUAUUUUUAGUUUAAUGGAGAACACAGAUUGCAUUUUUCCUUGCUCACUAGGGCAAGAUGUUAACAAAAACCUCUUGAUCCCAAAUACAUAGUACAGUAUGUUAAGUUUUUUUUUUUAUGGAUAUAGCACUUUAAAAAAUGUAUAACACUUCAGAAAUUCAGCUACAUAGAAAAUACUUCAUUGUCUUUUAAUGCGUUUCUGUAGUAAUUUAGAUCCCCAAAUUUAACCUACUUCAAAAUUACUAUAGUAAAUAAAUUAGCUUACCCUUUAUCGAGCA